AUGAGGCCAGUGAUCAACAGCAGGGGCCGCGUGGUGGUGAGCUUUGGAAGGCACAAAGGCGAGGAACUUGCGCGUCUCCCAGACAGCUACUUGCAAUGGAUGGCCGGCACUCUCCAGCAAGAUCAGUGCUCCAUCUGGGGAGCGCUCGCCCAGCAGGAGCUCGAUACUCGCACCGGCAGUAGCAGCGGCAAGGAGAGAGUCUCCGACGUGGUGGACGUGUUGGAGCGAUGGAGCGCGGACAAGCAGCUGGACAUCAACAGCUAUGGAUUCCUCCUCCGCCAGGCGAGGAGCAUUCAAGAGGGCCGGAGGAUCGUGGCGCACAUCGUGAGGAGGGGUCUGGCCAAGCACACCUUCCUCAAGAACCUGGUGAUGGACAUGUUCAAGCGCUGCGGGGAGCCGGAGGAGGCCGUCCGUGUCUUUCUGGAUCAGAUGGAGAGGAGGAACCACUUCUCGUGGAACAUCGUCAUGUCGGCACAGCUGCAGCUGGAUCACAGUGGCGAGCGAGCCAAGCGGACCUUCGACCGGAUGCCAAUGUGGGACGUUGUCUCGAGGAACGUGAUGAUCGCCGCAUUUGCCCAGGGCGGUAAACCAGAGCAAGCAGCGCAGCUCUUCCAAGCUUGCGGCGAUGGUGGUCGCGACCGGGUGUCUUGGAAUGCAAUCAUCGCAGCUCACAGCCGCUGCUCUUCCACUGCCAGGCGCGCGUUGGAACUCUUUAGCCUCAUGGACGCCCAAGGUGACUACCAUCCGCCCGACGUCUUCACGCUCGUCAGCGCCUUCGAGGCCUCAUCUUCUUCUUCUUCGUCGUCGUCGUCGUUCUUGAGAGUUUUCGGAAGGGCGCUUCACCAAGAGGUGGCGGAGCUUGGGAUCAGCGACGUAGCAGUCGGGAACAGCCUGGUGACCAUGUAUGGAGCGUGGAGGAGCAGCAGCAGCGCCAAGGCGGUGUUCGACGGCUUGAGCGGACGCGACGUCGUGUCGUGGAACGCGAUGCUGGCAGCCUUGGUCAGCAGUGAGGAGAUGGAUCUAGCAGUGGAGGCGUGGCACAAGAUGGCAUGCCACAACCUCGUCUCCUGGAAUGCUGUGAUUGCUGUGUGCUCUCGGCGGGGGGACUUGGCUGCUGCUCUGUCCGUCUUCGAGUGGAUGCCCGAUCGCGACUUGGUGUCGUGGAAUGCCAUCCUCUCGGCCUGUGUCCAGAACCGUGAAAACGAGCAGGCUCUUGAGCUCUGGGAGCGGAUGCAGCAGGACGCCGUCAAGGCCGAUAAGAUCACUCUCACCACGCUGCUGGAUGCCUGUGCAAACCUGGGACUGGAUGCGCUGGGAGCGUCACUGCUACAGUGCACCAUCAAAUGGAACAGCGGGGAGCCGGACGUCGUUGUGGCCAACGCGGUGCUCAACUUUCACGUCAGGUGUGGGAACGUGAGCGAUGCCAAAGCGGUGUUCGAGACGAUCGAGUACCGGAGAGACGUGGUGUCGUGGAGCAGCAUGGUGGCAGCGGUGCAUCACGACGUGGCCGAGGCUUUGGACCUCCUGCGGCUCAUGCUGCUGGAUGGAGUUGCUCCCAACAAGAUCACCAGCCUCUGCGUCCUGUCCGUGUGCAGCCAUGCCGGAGCCUUGGACGUUGGCUGCUCGUUCUUCCUGAGCUUGGAGGCCGACUACCACACCCGGCUGGCGCUGGAACACUACAUUUGCAUGAUCGAUCUCGUCGGCCGAGCAGGCAACUUUGAUGGAGCGCAAGAAUUGAUGCACUCGAUGCCGUUCGAAGCAGACAAUGUGGCAUGGAGGAUUUUGAUGGCCGCUUAUCUGCAAUAUUAUUCUGCCUAG